AUGGCGAGCGUCCAGCAGGGCGAAAAGCAGCUCUUCGAGAAGUUCUGGAGAGGGACCUUCAAAGCGGUGGCCACGCCAAGACCCGGCAGCGUCAUCGUGGCCAGCAUCACCUCCCGCAAGCCCCUGGCCAGCACUGAGGCACUCAGUUGCCUGCCGCUUCCGACAGACAACAAGCACCCGGAGGAGCUAUGCCAAACUCAAGAGACCUCUAGCACCAAUGGCUGUGUGAGGCAUAUGUCAAGAAUCCCAUCCUGUACUACUGAGGAAUUCACACCACCUCCUACCAAGGGAAAGAAGAAAAAGAAGAAAUCUACGCGGAAGAAGAGAAGGAGGUCUCCGUCCUGCAGCCCCUCCCCACUGAAGAAGAAGAAGAAAAAGAAGAGCUCAAAGAAAAGAAAAAGAAACAGGUUUUCUUCAAAGAAGAGAAGACACAGUUCCCCAAGCCCCAAAGGCAAAAGGAAGGAAGAGAGAAAACACAAGAAACACUCUCGCAAUCAAUCACAGAAAUCCCAUCGCCGCCGCCAUCGCCGCUGCCACUCUGGCUCAGAGAGCACCAAUUCCCUCACAGAGAGCUGUGGAAGCAGGCCGGGAGCCAGGUCACGGGAGGAAGGCCGCAAAGCGAGAUGGAAACACUCCUGGCACUCAUUGAAGAGCCCUCGAAAGCCCGAUGGCACUAGAGAGCUGACCACAACUCCUUUCCCCGGCUGCACCCCCCAGAACGACAGCUUGCUCCCUGCCUCGGAAGCUAUUUCAAAGUCUGGGUGUCCUGCUGACCUCUUUAAAAAAGCAGAGGGUCGGGUUGGCAGGCUGGCCCAACAGAAUGGAGAGCCCCAUGAAUACGACUCAGGAAAUGAUACUUCUUCCCCUCCAUCCACCCAGACAAGUGCAUCCAGGUCAAAGGGGGGCCCCAAACCACCAUGUGAUCAAGUCUGUGAUGGUUUCAGCCGGGCCUUCUCUUCCGGGAAGGUGAGCAGCGGGAGCAGUUCUGAUUCAGGAAAUUCCUUCACCAGCUGCUUCUCCCGGACUAAGGGGGCAACUUUAGACAAUCCAUCUCCAAGGGUUCGAGCCAAGGAUGAAAGAAAAGGGUUGUUGCAAUCUCCUGGGCACUCGAAAAGAAAGUCUUGUUUUCAACCGUUGUUUUUUUCUGGCUCGCCUCUUAGGUCAUGUGCCCGGAAUGAUUCUACAUCCAGCAGGUCAUCUCCAGAGUCUAACCACUCCCAUUUAUUACAUCACAAGGCGGGAUCCCGGUCUUCACACAGCAGAUCCUGUUCAUCAGGGACAAGAUCCUAUUCACGUUCCCCUAGCUACUCACCCAAGUCCGGCAAGAGAAGCCCCGGGAGCAGAAGUUCCAGGCAACGACGAAGUCCCAGCUAUGCUCGCUAUAGUCCUAUCAGGGACCGUGAACGAGAUCACAAGUAUGGGUCCAGUGGGAAGGAGUCUCACAGGCACCGUGACCGCCGGCGCCGCAAACAAUCAUAUUCACCCAUGAGGAAGCGGAGAAGAGAUUCCCCCAGCCAUCUGGAAGCCCGACGCAUAACAAGUGCCCGAAAGCGCCCAAUCCCCUACUACCGCCCCAGCCCCUCUUCCUCAUCCCCCAGCAGCAUAAGCAGCUAUUCCUCCUGGCACAGCCCCUUCAGCCCCUCCCCCAGCCGUAGUAGCCGCAGCUACUCCAGCAAAAGGACCAGCCGCAGCAGAAGCUGGAGCAGCAGCGGCAGCGACCGGAGCCGCAGUGGCAGCAGCUCAGGGGCACGGAACAGCCGGCGAAGCGGCAGCAGGAGCGGCGAGUCGGCAGGCAGCUACGACAGCUUGCGGCGUUAGCGGACCAUGGCCAGGA